AAACCUAUCUAGGAAAUGAGAACACAAAGGCAGAAGUGCAAGGGGUUGCUGUUAAACCGUAUCAUGGGAGAGAGUGUCGGAGUUGUUUAGACAAGAACAACAACAGGUUUGGUUGAAUAGACAACAAAUAUACUUGUGAGAGGAAAGAGGAAGUCAUUUAGAUUGAUGGGUAGCAGCAGUUUGUUUAAAGCCAAGUGAAACUUUGGAUUCUGACUACAGCUGAAUAUGAGUGAGUCCAGUAUAUGCCAGGUGAGGGCGACCGUCAUGCUGUAUGAUGACAACAACAAGCGUUGGGUGCCGGCAGGGUCUGACAGUCCAUCCUUCAGCCGUGUCCAAAUCUAUCACAACCCAACGGCCAACACUUUCAGAGUGGUGGGCCGCAAACUGCAGGCCGACCAGCAGGUGGUGAUCAACUGUCCUGUUCUGAAAGGGAUGAAAUAUAAUCAAGCCACACCAAACUUCCACCAGUGGAGGGAUCCGAAACAGGUGUGGGGGUUGAACUUUGGCAGCAAGGAGGAUGCUGCUCUUUUUGCCAACUCUAUGAUGCAUGCAUUUGAGGUACUCAGUGGACUUUCAGGCACAGGUCCAUCUCAGAAUGAACCCUCUGCACAGGAGCUGGAACACCAGAAAAGACUAGAGCGUCAGAGAGAGGAACAGCAGGAGAAGGAGCGCCUGGAAAGAGAGAAGCAGGCCUCUGCUGCUGCAUCUGUCUCUCCUGCUCCCCCAACCCCAACUGCUGUUCCACCAGCACCCCCACCACCUCCAGGCCCACCACCAUCCUCUGGAGCAUGCCCACCUGCCCCUCCACCACCUCCUCCUGGGGGAAUGGUCCCACCAGCACCACCCCCACCACCUGCUGGAGGAAGUGGAGGUGGUGGAGGGGGAAGUGACCUAGCUGCAGCUCUGGCAGGAACCAAACUGCGUAAAACUGUCAAGGAUGAGGGAGAAGCAGCAACCCCAGCACAGUCAUCAAGUGGAGGUGGAGGUGGUAAUCUAAUGGGAGAAAUGAGCGCCAUCCUUGCUAGAAGGAGGAAAGCUGCUGACAAUCCAACCUCAAGAAAGGUAGGAUCUUGCAAUGAAGAUACUGACUCCUCAAUAUCAAAAGUUUCAGUACCAAGAGAAAUUGAUGGAAAGACCAAGGAAAAAUCUGCCACCAUGCCAAGGCCUAAAUCCUUAACCAACAAUCAAAGGGACUACAGCCAAAGUCCCUCUUCUAACUCCAGCACCACCUCUGGAUCCAGGAUGAAGGUGGUGAAAAAGAACUCAGAUGGUGAAGGAAGGGAAAGUGACAUGGAACGAAUCAAACAGGAAAUUCUUGAAGAAGUGAAAAAAGAACUACAAAAAGUAAAGGAGGAGAUUAUCAAAGCACUGAUCGAGGAGCUGCAAAGUGCACAGCCAAAGAGUGACGAGAGCUGAAAGAUCAACAAUGGAUCAUGAGAAAAAUGAAAAAGAGUGAAUUUUUUGAGGCAAUUUGCUUAUAUUACUCGACAGAAAUUGCUUAACAGUAAUUUUAUCUUGCAUGCAAGAGAACCAGAAUGUAUACAUCUUUCAUUCAUUCAACUUCAGUUUCAGUGGAACAUCCUACUUCAUCCUUACUUUCUUUGCAGUAUACAAUACAUGAUACAAAAAACAGACAGCCCACAAUAAAUACAACUGUGUGUUCAUUCAAUAUGUUCAGUUUUGUUUUUGUAUGUUCUUUUCUUCUCAUGUUUUAGAUACUUCACUUAUUGCCCUUAACCCCACACUGAUUAGUUUCACCUGUCCAUUACCAUUAUUGAAUAAUAUUAUUCAUUCCCUUGUGUAUUAAAUCUGUGCAUGUUCAAAAUCGCCUACUAAUGUACUAUACUAAGUAUCACGUUUAUAGUGUGUUUCAGCUGCAUAGUAUGUAGAUUCUGUGUAUGUAAGCAAUACCCAGUUACCCUAUGGCAGAAUUGGUAUGCAAUGGAAGUGCACACACUCAGUUUCCCCAAAAUGCUUUGCGCCUGUUCAGACUAUUGCAUGGUAGGCUGCAAGGCAAUCAGUUCAAGCACCACAUUGGAGUGUUAUUAACAAUUUUCAUAUUCAUUUUAUGACUAACUUCACUUCUGAUCAUUUUUUUAUGCAAGAAAUCAACAGUAUCAAAAAUGUAUCUUAUGUUGCUCCACACAAGUGACUAGCUAGUCAGCUGGCUAUCUGCCUGUAUCUGCGUAGCUGACGUACAGAACCCUCUUUCCCUAGGUCACAUAGAGCACUACAGCCAAUACAGCAGACAACUUUUGUGCCAUCUCUGUCUAUUGUGCUGGAUUUAUCCUUUUUAUUUACCCUUUUAAAGUUAAGUGCUGCUUUAGGUAAUUUAUAAAGUCAUUUACAAAGCCAGAGACACAAAUCCUCCGUCUACCUCUGAUUCCAGCAUAGCCACAGUAACUUCCAACAUUGCUCUGUCCAUCUUUGAUCUUGUUAUGUCACCUCAUACUUUAUGUGUUUUAAACAUGCUCCCCAAAAAACAGCCUUUAUACAUCUCUACCCUUUGCCUUAAAAUAACUGGGAAACAUUUCAUAGGAUGAAUUGGGAAGGGGACAUAACAUUGAUUUACAUUUGUGAGAAACAUGAUUUAUUUAACAAUUGUUGGCACAUGGAUGUAUUGGGGAGAUGGUAAUGUGAUCAAUUUAGUUGUGUGAUGCCAAGAAGAUGUAUUGCUUCAGCAGUGAAUAGUCUGCUAGUAAUUACAUAUUUGAACAUUCAUUUUGUGCAGUAUAAACUGAGUACGUACUAGGCAGUAUGUUAGUAUGUGAUUUUCAAACGCGUGUUCCCCCUGUAUGAUUGGACUUACUGUUCUAUGUCAGUGUGCCUCUGCACCACUUCAUGAAAAGGGCCAGGAAAACUGUCUGAAUGGAGUUUAAUGUGUCAGCCAGCACAGCAACCCCUUGACUGUAAUCUUAUAGGACAAACAACAUCAGGUUCAGUAUCAUGGGCAAUGCCUGGACAGUCUUCAGGGUUCAAACUGAUUCCAAGGAGGAACACAGAGACAAGGAGACUCUCCUAAUAAGGGAAGCCUUGCUUCAGUGAUUAUCAUGUCAAAUAAAUGGGACUAGCCUACUAUAAAGCCA